AACACUUUAAAACCAAUCUGUUUUUUAUAGCGAAUCUACUUUUUUUAUCUAAAGAUAAAAAAAAAAUAUUAUUUAAAUUUAAAUCAUUUGUAUGAAAUUAUUGAAAAACAGAUACUAAAAACUUAUUUGGCAAAAGAUUGAAGCAAAAUAGGAUGUUUGCAAUGCUCUGUGAAGUAACGUGUACGCUUUUUUUUGUCAACGUUCUUCGUAUUGCAUGUGGAGGUUUAAUUGAAAGAGAGCAGUCACGUGCUUUGCCUAUUCAAAUGGAUUUAAAAUCUGAGGGUGACAUCACCAUCUGUACUGGUCUUAAAAAGUACAUAAACUGCAGAGAUGGAGCAAGCAUUGCUGUAACAAGUGCAUUUUGGGGGCGAACAUCUGAUAAAAUAUGUCCUUCUGAUGAUGGUGAUCCAGUAACUGAUUGUGAAGGAUCAGCGGAAACACUCCCAAUUAUUCAAAAAAGCUGUGAAGGGAGACGCGAAUGCAAACUUGAAGCAAAGCACAGCGAACUACAAAGAAAUGGAUCCAGUCAUUGUCCAGGUGUCAAUAAAUAUUUAAUUGCAAACUACACUUGCGUACCAGACUCAAAAGGAGUAAAUCUAUGCGAAUCUGCAGAAACUGUUCUUAACUGUCCUGCAGGGUGGCUAAUGGAGCUAGCAGAUGUGUUUUGGGGAAGAAGAUCUUCACAUACUUACUGUGGAGCCACUGCUGAUAGUAUUGAAUGUGAUUCAAGUGAGUAUGCUGCAAAAUAUCUCAAAAACAAGUGUAAUGGAAAAAAAAGAUGUCUGAUAAAAGCUGAUUCUGCUACUUUGGAAGAUGGAAAACAUCCAUCAUGCACUGGAAUUUCAAAAUAUUUGUUAGUUAAUUAUGUUUGCAACCCAAAAUUAAAAAAAGUCUCUGAAAAUAUGCAACAGGAGGAGGAGUCAAAACUGCUUGAAGAUACGUCUUCAAAAGAGCUAAUGGGGUUAUUAGAAAAACAUCUCAACGAAAUCAAAGUACCCGAGAUCAAGACAGAUGCAAAAGAUUCAGUAAGUAAAACUUUUACUACAGAAGAUGAAAAGAGAAAUGAAAAUAAAUUUGUGGCUAGAAACAAGGGUGUUUCUGCUCCAGUUCAAGCAAAUGCUCCUAAGCAAAAAGCUCGAAGCAUGUUAGAAAAAAAAUCAAGCUCUCCGUUUGUUGCAACUGAAGAUUAUGACGAAAUCGCAAAGAGUAUUCUAAAUGGACCAGCGUUCACUAGAAGCUUACGUAAAGCAGAACCAUUCUCGUCACAUACAAGUUCAGCCGUUCGAAAAGAAGAGAUGCCUUCCUCUGAGAAAACUUCUUACAAGGAAGACAAAUCUUCUUCUUUAAAUACAAUUAUGGUGAAAGACAACGUUCCGAAAGCAGAAGACGAGUAUGAAGUUUCAGAACCAAGCACAGUUCGUUCAAUUUUGGCUCGUGCUAAAGAGGUACUGAAAACUCUGGAUAGUGAUUCAACCGUUAGUUCUGUAAUAAGUAAACGAGGUGGUAUUGCCCGAAGUGACACCUUGAAUGCAGCGAGCCAAGUUGCUUCUCUCGCACAGAGUCUUGCAAACACAAAAUCAAAGAAAAGAAGUAAAAUCGCUCAGCAAACAACUGAUGCUACUGUACAGAAAUCCAAAAUUGUAUACCCGAGAUCUUAUAAACCUGUAGCAACGACAGGAACGGUUGGGUUUGGAAAUACACCUUAAGUAAACAUUUUUUACGAACAAAUAUGAAAUUUUUGAGAAAAUGUUCAACUCUAAAUAAUUAACGGGGAAAAAAACAAACGCCAUAAAUAAUCUGAGAACAUUCUAAUUUAUGAAGAAACUUCUAAUUUAUGAACAAAAAAAUAUUUGUUAAUAUUAAUUUAUCUCUGCGCUAUUUCCUCUGUCUCAAAAGUAGAUUCUGGUUUAAUAAAUUUAGUAUUUAUAUAAACUUAUGUCUACCGUUCAAGUCUUUAUUAUUUGGCAAUUAUUUAUUUUUUUGAAUUAAUAUAUUGUUAAAGUGCAUUUGUAUAUUAAAAUACAUUUUUAAUUGUAAUUUUAAAUAUUUAGCAA